AUGUAAAACUAAAAUGAAGUUGGAAUGGCAUCAUUGAUAAUGAAUUCAAAAUCACAUUAUGACUAAUAAUAGAAGCAAUAUAUUAGAAAUGUUUCGAAUUCCCCUUAGAGAAAUCCAAGCAUACAUACGACUCAGUCUCCAGCAUUUUAGGGACCAAAGGCUAAAGGUCUAAAUAAUUCAUUUUCACAUGAGAGUGCUAGUCCUUUUACUAAAAAUGCUUAAAUGAUCCUUAAUGACUAUGGACAUCCAAUGUAAUAACUGCCGCAAUAAAUGAAUAAUAUUAAUCAAUAAUACAAGCCAGUUACACCAUUGAUAAAUAAUCAGCAAUAAUUCUAGAUACUCUAACCAAUCUAAUCUUAGCAAUAUCUAGGGGGUUAUGUUUAAAAUCCUCAAAUGAUCUAAUAGUAGUCUUUUCAACCUUAAUAACAAAAUAUGAUCUACAAUAAUAAUCUUAAUACCACUCCUCAGUUUUAAGAUAAUAUGAAUUUUGGAAAUUAGAUUUAACCAUAGCAACAGAAUACGAACCAAUCGUUUUCAAAUGCACCACCUUCUGGUAUGCCAAAUCAAUUAAAUGAAAGUUUCGUAAUAGACAAUAAUUACAAGCCAACAGAUUCAUUUAAAAAUCCAUGGACUACAAAACCAAGACCUAUGAAUGGAUUUAUGGAUCUAAAUCCGAUAGUCUACGAGCGUUAGGAAAAGGAGAAAUAAGACCUGUAAAAAGUACUAUAAGAAUAAAUUGAGGAGAAGAAAAAGAGAUAGGAUCUAGAGAAAAGAAAAAAGCUAAUGGAAGAUUAAUACUAUGAAGAAAAGAUUGCAAGGGAUAGAAUGGAAUUAGCAAUGAAGGAAUAGCAAGAAAGAGAAGCAUAAUAGUAAAAGAUAUAAAAAAUCUAAGAGCAAAACUAGUAGCUAUACCAAGAAAGGUAAAAUGAAGUGCCUCCUCCAAAAAGUAAGAGGAGACCACCUUCACCUAAAAUUGAAGAGGAUAUAAAAGUAGAAUUACUAUAAUAGCCAGAUCCUAAGAAAGAUAAAAAGGAAAAAAAAGAAAAAAAAGAAAAAAUAAAAGUAUAGACUACGAUAAAUGACUAAUAAUUAAAAAAUGAUUUAAAUGAAUUAUCCAUGACUUUUAAAGGAGAACUUGAGAGUAUGAGGUAAGUAAUAUAGAAUCAGGAUGGAAGUCUGAAGGAUGAAGUUAAGAAAUUAUUAGAUUAUUAAAAAUAAACUGAUCAAGAUAGAAAUAGAGCAAUAUAAGAAAUCUAAAAGUUAAGGGAAGAAUUUUUAAGAUAGCAAGAGAUUAAAUAGGAAUAGCAGUGGGAUUCGUUGUCUAGAUCAGCUCAUUGGUCAAAGUUCAAAGAAGAAGAUCCAAUAUCUAAACGCUAAUUUGAGAGCGAGAUUAAGCUUAAGACUAUUCUCACAGAUGGCUACUUUGGUCAAGAUGGAGUUCUAAGAAAUAAGAGAAUCUAGAGUUUGAAGCAUCAUUCUGACCCAAAUAUCAGCUAGAAGAGCAAGGACUCUUUUUAUUAGUCAUCUAAAUUCCUAGACACUAAGAACUUCCCCUUGAAUAAAAAAGAUAAUGAUGAAACAGAAUUCAUUAGAGAUCGAAAUAUUGAUAGAUUGAAACUGCUUUAGCAUUAUGAGGAAAAUGUAAAGUAUAAAAAUGGUUUCAAUUAUUUCAAAUAUACUGAUCAAGAGCAAGAAGACUUGAGCUUUAGACUUAAAAAAAUGGAUAAUUAACUUUACAAUCUGCUUAAUCCUGAAGCUGAGAGAGUGAAGAUAAAAAAUGUACCAUACAAUCUAAGUUCUAAUUAUGAUGUGUACGACCAAUAAAAGCAUUCUGAAAGUAAUUACUAUAGAGAAGGUAUAACUUAAUUAAGUUUUAAGGUUGAGUGA